AUGUCCUCGCAGCAACGAUCCAAGGAGGCAGAUAGCGCAAACGGUGUCAAACGCAAACGUUGGCUUGCGUGCGACUACUGUAGGGAGAAAAAAGUUCGCUGCGAUGGAGCCAAUCCAUGCUCAUACUGCGUCAAGCACGGCCAAUACUGCAGGACCUCGCCCCGGCGAAGGGUAAAGGAUAAGUCUUUAGAUUCAGAGAUGAUGGCUCAGAGGCUGGCUAGGCUUGAGGCGAUUCUGCAGUCCUCGGCACAUUCCUCACCAGAAGGAUCGAAUGGGCAGAUGCCCCCGAUGACCACAAUAACGAAUCAACCUCGAAGAGAAAGUAGCUUCUCUUCGUCCAUUGUGCAACCGCAUGUGCCAACGAACUUGAGUAGCCGAGAUGAGCUUCACCAAGCAUACAGCUCGGCUGGAACUGUGGACUUUUCGGCCGGUCAGGAGAAUGGCGACCAUUCCGCCCAAAGCCAAGAGACACUGCCAGCUCAUCCUCCUAUCAGGCCUGGCGACAACAGUUCAGACGCCUGCAAACAAUCUGUUCUUCCAUCAUUUGUCGAUGACAUACCAGGAAGCUUCAGUGAUCAUGGUGACGAAGAGCAAGAAGGGAGCAGCGUUUACUCCGCAGAGACAUAUUUGGAAUACCAAGGUCCACGAUCAUUCCUAUCCAUAUGUUCUCAGCCUGGUAUGCAUUGGGUGGCAGAAAGAGUCAAAAGCUUAGGCUUUCAGAAAUCCGCCACACGAUUUACUAGGGACAUGACACGCCGGCUGAAACUCACAAAGAAGCUCUCAACCCAACGUGCUCCGGAUCCUGAUGAGGAGAUGGCCUUCAAGUACGCCAGAGCAUUCUUCGAUAGUGGCUAUGAGGCUACAUUUGGCAUUGUCCAGCGACCCUGGUUUGAAGCACGCCUACGUAUGCACUUCACCAGUCUCAAGCACGACGAUGAUGAUGCAUCCUGGUACGCGCUCCGCAAUAUCAUCUUCGCCUCGGGCUGCCGGUUGCUUAUGUCAGUGAGUUCAACUUUGGUGGAGAGCUCCAGGGCAUCUUGGCCAUAUUUCGAAAACGCCCUCGCAGUUCAUACGGAGCUGUUGUUUUUGCCGUCUUCUAUCGUAGGUGUACAGGCACUCGUUCUUAUGGCUUACUACACCGAGGGCGUGGGUAGUCCUCUUCUCCAGUUCAUGCUUUGUGCGGACGCGCUACGUCUUGCUUGUGCCAAAGGCCUACACAGACAGCCCGCCCGGUCUUGGAACCUGCCCGAGCACGAGGUGAACCACCGCAGUUGGAUCUUCUGGUCUAUAUACUGCCUGGACAAGCACAUCUCCAGCCGUUCUGGGCGGCCAUCGAUCAUAGAUGACGAAGAGAUCAACUGUCAGAUACCAACAUCGGGUGCAUCAUACUGCCUCAUGAAUUUCCCUGCCCGCUUGGUUCUAGUAGAUCUUCAUCAACUCUGCUCCUUUGUAGGCAAGUCACUUUCCAGUGCCCGAGCUUUUCGCCGGAAUCCCACGGAACUGCUCCAGAUGGUCACCUUCCUCGAUGAAAAGGCGAGGGUACACGGUGAGGCCGUGGAGCGUGUCCUGUCCAUGAAGAGCGCUUUAGACCCCUCAUCUCUACCAGCGGAUCUUAGCCUCAAAGUGGCCCUGGCUCUUCACUUUACCUACUAUGGCCUUUUAUUCGACAUCCACACGACUUUGACUUAUCCAUGGUCUCGAGGCAUCAUCAGCUUACGCCAGCAUCCGUCAUUUCGUGAUCAGGUCGAAAGGUCUUAUUCCAUAGUGGCGAAGACAUCGAGAGAUGUUAUUCUAGCCAGCCGGCACAUUCCAUUGGAUGCUGCUUGUCCCUUUCUCCUUGCGUACUACAUUCCAAUCUAUGCCCUCAUUAAUCUAUUCAUCCACAUUCUGCAGGCGCCGAACCAUCCCUCUGCAGAGUCUGACCUUCUUUUGAUGGAGCUGGGUGCCAGUCACUUUAUUCGCCUUGAGUUGGCGACUGAAUCCCAGAUAUCGACACCAUUCGUGAGGGAUCUUUCCCAGAUGGCCCGGAGUGUUGUUGAACGCGCAAAGAGCGCCGGCGGAUCACAAUCCGCCUACGACCUUUCCGACCUCCAGCAGGCUGUAGUCCCCGGGAUUCCCGGACCAGAUCCAGGAAACACAGCCCUCAAGCAAACCGAAUUUCUGUACGAAGACGGUCUUAAUGAGGUUUGUGAGCCCAAGCAUGAUUCUGGUAAUUCCAGGCCCGUCAGCUCUUUCUAA